AAAAAGAAUCCGCGCGCGUAUACACACUAUGAAACGCGUCGGAGACAAGCCCGUUGACGACGCCGACGCGAAGCGCUCCCGCGCAGACGAGGCCACCCUCCACGUGUACGAGCCAUGCGUGGUUUUGCCGCUCGCGGAGCACAUGAACGCGCUCGUCGAGGUGCUCGUGCCGUCGCGCUACCUCGCCGCCGACUGCAAGGCGGUCAAGCAGCGGCGCGUCUGGGGAUCGGACGUGUACACAGACGACUCGGACCUCGUCGCCGUGCUCGCCCACACGGGCCACUUCAAGCUCAAGGGGGCGGCGCCAAAGUCGCCUCUGCUGGUGUCGCUGCGCGUCUGCCCCGCGCAGGACGCCUACACUGGCUCGGAGCGGAGCGGCUUUGCGUCGCGCGACUGGAGCGGAGCGCACAAGGGCGUCUCCUUCAAAGUGGAGCGGUGCCUGCAGCAUUCGGCGGGGACCGUGCCGCCGCCGCAGCUCUCGCUCCUGCGGCCCGGGGCGUCGCGGCAGAUGCCAACCUCGCUCUGCGUCCAGGAGGCGGGCCCGGGCGAGUCCUUCUCUGUGCCACCGUCGGCGAGCCUCGCCAUCUUCAACCUCUCCAACGAGCCGUGCUACAAGUACUCGCUCGCACUGGUGGCGGAUCAGGACACGCAGGCCGCGCGUUGGACGUCGACGCGUCUGCUGCGCGAGGCGCUUUACCUCGAGUCCAAGCAGCGGCGCUUCGAGCUCGCCUACAAAGGCACGUCGGCGGGCGGCUACGCGACCUAUACCUUCUCGCAGGUCCACUCGCCCCAAUCGAUGGACCGGCGAGCGCUCGAGGGACUCGGCGUGCCGCUUCCCGCGUCGUCGGUUAAGGUGCUGCACAGCGGCGUCGACUGGGAGGAGAUAGUGUGGGGCCCGUGCUACCUGCGGUUGCGCGGCGAGGAGUACCCGCUGCUCCGCCUGCAGUACGUUUCUCACACCGUCGCUUGAAGAUGGUGGGAAUGCCGGAUUGGGGAGAGACGAGACGAGAGAGGCGAGUGGCGUGGGAUCCGAGAAUGCGACCGGGCCGGCCUCGCCCCUGCAUCGGCCCGCAGCACUUCGCACGUUCCCUGUGCCGGCGAUAUAGUGAGUUGCUUCACUCUUUAAAAAAACGGACCGCCACAC